AUGGCCAAAACCCGCUCCAACCCCCCCAAGCGGAAAUCAAAAUCCGCCUCCACGCCCAAAUCCAUCCUCCACAGCGCCUCCAGCACCUUCUCCACCAACCCCCACGGCCCCCCUCCCCCUCCCCCGCCCCCGCCCCCUUCCACCAGCACCCUCCUCGCCUCCGCCGCCACCGCCCUCCACACCGAAGGCAGCCCUUCGGACGCCCUCCGCCUCACGACCCUCGCCCUACAGUCCGACCCCACCAGCCUGGCAGCGCUCGAGCUGGCCGGCGAGGCCCACCUCGAGCUCGGCGACGAGGACACGGCGCGCACACACUUCGAGAAGGCGGCCGCGCUGGACCCCGACGGCGCGCUGUCCGGCCCCGAGAAGUUCCUGUGGCUGGCGCAGCUGGGCGUGGGCGGGAAAGCUAUGAUGGGCUGGUACGAGCGCGGCACGGCGGUGCUGCGCGCGUGGAUGCAGGAGGGCCGCGGCGGGGAAGGCGGGGACCGUGGUCUGCAGGGGAAGCUGUGUAGCGCGCUGUGUGCGAUGGCCGAGAUCUAUAUGAGCGACCUAUGCGACGAACCCGACGCCGAAUCGCGCUGCGAGGCCUACGUCACCGAGGCGCUGCUCGUCUCCCCACACUCCGCCGAAGCCCUGCAGACCCUCGCCUCCAUCCGCAUCUCGCAGCAGCGGCCCGCCGACGCCGUCACGGCGCUGCAGCGGUCGCUGGCGCUGUGGCGGGAGCUGCCCGCGGACGCGGCCGGCGUGCCGAGCUAUGCGGCGCGCAUCAACCUGGCCAAGCUGCUGAUCGAGACGCGGCAGUACGACGCGGCGCUCGAGGUGCUGGAGCGGCUGCAGCUGGAGGACGACCAGUUGCCGGAUCUGUGGUAUCUGGGCGGGUGGUGUCUGUUUCUGUAUGGGGAGCAGGAGGAGGCGGGGUCGGAGGAGCGGCGGGAGCUGUGGGGGAGCGCGAGGGAGUGGUUGGGCAAUUGUGGGCUGGUUUAUGAGGCGCUUGGGUGGGAGGAUGUGGGGAUUUGGGAGCAUGCGGAGGAGCUGAGGGGGCGGAUUGGGGAGGAGGUGGGGGAGAGUGAGGGGGAGGGGGAGGAGGGGGAGGGGGGCGAGGAGGGGGAGGAGGAGUGGGAGAGUGAGGAGGAGGAGGAUGUGGAGAUGAAGUAG